CUGCAAGAUCAGAUCACUCCUCCUCUUCGUCUGCUGGUAUACACCCAUUUGCCAAUGAAUCUGGUGACAGCAGUGAGAAGUUCCAUCAGACGCCCCAUCCUUCACUCACUUCUUGCUCAACAAGCCAGGAAGAUGCAUAUCGAAAGCAUUCCCAUGUGGGAAGGGAGUGGCAACAACUAUGCCUAUCUCGUGACGGAUGACAAGACGAAAGAAGGUGUCAUUAUCGACCCAGCAAACCCAUCAGAAGUCUUGCCUUCGUUGAAAAAGGCUGUUGACAGUGGUGUCAAGCUGACCAAUAUCAUCAACACCCACCACCAUCACGAUCAUGCCGGAGGGAACAAGGAGAUCUUGCAGAGCUACCCACUGCCUAUCAUUGGUGGCAAGGACUGCGACAAGGUCACCAAGACACCUGCUCACGGCGAGACAUUCACCAUCGGGUCGGGCAUCACAGUCAAGGCCCUCCACACGCCAUGUCACACGCAAGACAGCAUCUGCUAUCUCUUCGAAGACGGCAACGACAAGGCAGUCUUCACAGGAGACACUCUCUUCAUUGGAGGCUGUGGGCGAUUCUUUGAAGGCACAGCCGAGGAAAUGGAUACGGCACUGAACAAGACUCUCGCGACGCUGCCAGAUGACACGAAGGUCUACCCUGGUCACGAGUAUACCAAGGGUAAUGUGAAGUUUGGUGUCAAGGUGAUACAAUCGGAACCGAUCAAGAAGCUUGAAUCGUUUGCCACAUCCAACAAGGAAACUCAGGGAAAAUUUACGAUUGGCGACGAGAAGAAGCACAACGUGUUUAUGAGACUUGAUGAUCUGGAGGUACAAAAGUUCACGGGGAAGACGGGCAGGGUGGAUGUGAUGGCUGCGUUGAGAGAGGCGAAGAACAAUUCGUAGUGUCAGCACUCAUGGAGUGGAGCGGAGCUGAUGCCGAAGUGCUUGCGUACCUCAGGUAGUAUAUAUAUACCUCAUUUACCUCAUUUAUAUAUACACCAAGUGGC